AUAUAUAUAAAAUAUAUAAAAAAUAUUUAUUUAUUUAUUUUUGCUGUGCAUUAAGGACAAAUUUAGAACACGCACGCACAGACUUUUUAUAUGCUUCCUGAAAUUCUUAAAGGGUGUUUACAAGAAUAUAAAGGCUAAUUCACACCAAUGGACGAUGACCAACGCUGACAAUCACCAAAGAUUAAAUACGUUCAAUCGAAAUAGGCUAUAGAAUAAAAUAGAAUUUAUCUGUCAUUAAUUUAAGACACAAAAUAUGAAAGCUAUCAUGUCCAGUAAUGGCAGUUUUUUUUUUUUUUCUCAAAUGUUUUUAAUUGGUAGUAUUUUGGAAUUUUUGUUGUGAUAGAUAACAAUUUCAUGUUUAACAUAAUAUGUUAAAGUUUCUUUCUGAUAUAUUAUUGUAAAGACAAUACAGAUCUCUAAAUAAAUGGGGAAAGCACACAGACAUACCUACACACUGCCGUUCAAAAGUCUGGGAUCAGCAAGAUUUUUAAUGUUUUUAAAAGAAGUGUCUUAUGCUUAUAAAGGCUGCAUUUAUUUGAUCAAAAUACAGAAAAAAAACGUAAUUUUGUGAGAUAUUAUUACAACUUACAUUUUGUACAAUACAACUUUUUUAAUAUACUUUAAAACAUAAUUUAUUUCUGUGAUGCAAAGCGGUAUUUCAUCAGGCAUUACUUUGAUAUUGUUUAAGCUCUUGUUUUGCCCCGAGUCUUCAGUGUCAUAUGAUCCUUCAGAAAUCCUUCUAAUAUGCUGAUUUAGCGUCAAUGUUAGAAGCAGUUGUACUACUUAAUAGUUUAUGGAACCUGUGAUACUUUUCUCAGGAUACUUUAAUGAAUAAAAAGUUAAAAAGAACAGCAUUUAUUUAAAAUAUAAAUCUUUUGUAGCAUCAUACACUAGAAAAAUCAAAAGUUUGGGGUAAAACCCCCUUUUUUUUUUCUUUUUUUUAAAUUAGCCUAUUGAAAGAAAUUUUGCUAAACUUUUAUUUAGCAAGGAUGUGGUAGCCUAAAUUGAUAAAAGGCGAUAGUAUAGACUUAUAAUGUACAACAUUUUUUGUGACUCGAGCGAACAGUUUGCGCGGCGCCACAGUCAACAUGAACAGCUUAUAUUUUCUUUAUAAUAGUUUUAAAAUAAUUAUUCACAUAUGCCCGUAGCACUGUAACUAUAGCAAAGUAUUCUAUGCACCACAUAACAAUGUCUGUAAUAUAUUGUAUUCAGAAUAAAACAAUAUUGAUCAACGUUGCUCUUUUGAACUGUUCUUAUAUCUUCUCAUUUUAUAUAACAUAACAAAGACAUCACAUGGGUUAAUCUAUGGCAAAGUACAUUUUGCAGUCCCUAACCUUUAUAGAAGUGUUACAUUUCCAAAACACUGUAGGGUUUCAAUUUAUAUACAUUAUAAAAUGAAUCUGGUAUUUGAACAGUUACACCUACUUGAGCCUCAACGUGGCAAUAUUUUUGUCUAACUUGUACUCUAAUAAUGUGGUCUAAUUUGAAAUGUUAGAAUAAUAAAUAAGACAUCCUGUAAAUUCCAACACUGUCGAAUAACCCACAUACCAUUAGCUAUACUACAAUAUGUAGAAAUGUGUCUGCAUUAUGCACAGAAAUGAAAGAGUGAACAAAAAGUUUGAUGUAAAAUUUUAUUAAAUCAACAAACAAUAGUCCAUCUUGAAUGAUCUGACGUAAUUCCGGUAAAAUUCCUACUUCUCUUCUACUUCCUGCGGAUUUAAAGGACGAUUUCGUUUGUGCGCCGAGAGCAGACGAUCCUGACGCUUUCGAAUAGCUCUCGCGGCACUUUGAUGUCAUACACUGAUCAUUCUGCGCAGCGCCGCGUCAAGUCGAACACACCUAUUGAUUUCUGAAGGAUCAUGUGCCACUGAAGACUGGAGUAAUGCCUGAUGAAAAUCACAGAAAUAAAUUAUGUUUUAAAGUACCGUAUUGUCCCGAAUAUAAGACGACCCUGAUUAUAAGACGACCCCCCUUUUUCCAGAUGUACCUUUUGGAAAAAGGCUUUUUGAAAACCAAAUCUUGUUUGUUUGUUUGUUUGUUUUUCUCUCUGUAAAACACAUUUUUUUCUUAAAUUAUUUUCAAAUUGCAUAUUUUUCCUAUUUUAAUUUUUGUUUUGAAAGUAUGGUAAAUACUGGUAAAAUGUACCAACAAUGACAUUGAAAAAUAUACACUUUUUGAUAUACCAUUGAAAUAACAGGUAGCCCAUCUGAAUUAUAUAACAUUUAGGCUAUCCAUCUCAUAGUAGCCAACCAAAAUUGUAUUAUCAGUAGAAGUAAAAUCUUAUUGUAGUCUUCAAAUGUGGGUAUAGUCUUAUGUUUUAAAAUCACUUACAGAGGAAGUUUGGUCCCAUCAGGCUAACAUGACAGUCACGACUUUACAGCACACAUUACAUUACAUAUUUCAUGGCACACUCGUUUUAUGCGUUUUUGGCGCCACCUAUUGCUGUGGGUGUAUUACUGACAUGUCAAAGUCUAGACCCCGAAUAUAAGACGACCGCGUUUUUUCAGAUGUAUUUCCAAGAAAAAACAUCGUCUUAUAUUCGGGACAAUACGGUAUAUUAAAAUAGAAAAAAAAAAAAUUAUAAAUGCAAUCUUGAUGAGCGGAAGAUAACGUUACCCAAGUACGCCCAGAUUUCCCAAAUGCGUUCUUUAGGCUGAUAGAAAGCGGGGUGGCGCCGUGACCGCGGGACUUUCCAGCAAGGAAAACAAACUGACAUGCGGAAGAGCAGCGCGCAGACCUUUGACUCCACAAGGAUACAUCAGGAUACUUUCUCUUUCUGUCAUGCGAACAUUCUGUAAAAACACUGUCGGAACAUGACAUCAAACCUACAAAACAGCCCCAAUUAUAGCCAGCUGGACGAAAACACAUCUGAAAACAAAACCACAAAAGGCCAGUACGUACUCUUCUUGAUUCUGACUUUAAUAUUAAGCACGGAGACGUUUAUCACGGCUUUUCUACUUUAUGACUUCUCCGAGGAUAUUCACAGAACUCGUGAAACAGGCAAAGAUGGAGGGUAUCCAAUCCACUGUCUCUCCACAGAUCUCACCCAACAGACAAAUCAAGCAGGUAUCGCAAGCUGUGACUUGUUCAAUCAAGAACUGAAACAAACCGUACAGCAGAGACUGUUGCUGGACAUACAGAAUUAUGUACUGGGAACAUUAGGAGAACUUAAUGUCACUGAGAUUUUCAAACCAGCUGUGCACGUCGGGGCAAAACAAGAGCUUAAACAAUAUCAAAGGCUGCAGGAAAAUGACGGAAUUCCUGCACUGGAUCGCAUUCAGUGGGACAACAUAAACGGCCAGUUCAGUCAGGAAGGGUUAAUGCGCCUGAGCCCCGAUGGAGAAAUAGUGGUGCCACAAGACGGAAUUUACUUUGUUUUCUCUCAGGUUAAUUUUGAAACACAGUUAGGGCAGAGUAUGCACUUUACGCAGUACUUCUACAAGAGAUCAGCGUCCUAUCCACAACCAGUGAUGCUUGCAAAAUCUGUAGUGACUCCCUGCAUGAGCGCAAACUCUAGUGUACAGCUUUAUUCCAGCCAUCAGGGGGCGCUGUUCCGCUUAGAAAAGGGCGACAGGCUCUCAUUGUACGUGCUGGAUAUUAGCGCCGUGCGCUUCCCGCAGGAGGCCACUUAUUUCGGGGCAUUUAUGAUUAACUAAGCAAAACAGCAGUGUUUUGUUUCAGUUGAUUUCUUACAGAUAUUAUAUGCUUGUCAUUUGUUUUCCAGAGUAAUAUUAAUUAAAUAUAUGUAUACUGAGAUGAUGAAUAACACUUUUUUUUUUUUUUUAAUCCACACCAAGACUAAAUGUUUUUAUGCAAUGUUUAUUGUAAAUUAAAUUCUUUUUUGUAAUGAAAAAGUUUAUUUUAUUGACAUCAAGACUAAAUAAAAGGGGUUUAUUUUUGCACUGUUU